AACGGUAGAUUUCUGGUUAUUUUAAAAAUAAAAUGAAGAAGAAUUUUAUUUUUAUAUUUUUGGCUAUAUUACAAUUCCAUACCUCAGCGAAACGGACAAGAACCACCUUAAAAAUCAGCGACCGUAUACUUCUCCUAAAAAAACAAAUUCGGAACAGCCUGCGGAACCCAUCACCACACGACCCAGCCCCACAGUACUACGAAUCCGACGAAGACGCCCUCAUACAACCUAUUUUAGACAACGAUGAACUCAAAAGAAAUGAUCGAUUCAAACUGGCCAAAAUAAAAACUGUUCCUACCACAAAAGCCACAGAGAAACCUGUACCUAAAAACGAUAAGAAGGAGAAAUUCCUACAAAUACUAAGAGAAUACAACAUAAUCAGAGACACCACAUUAAGCCCUGAAGAUACUCACUUCAUACCAGUCACCCCAACAAAUAUAACAGACACAACGCCUAAGUUAGGCUUCAAUAUAUUCUACAGGCGAUAUGAGAAGUCUGUGUUGGCGAAUAGCCAGGAGUGGACUCAUUGUACGGAGCACAUAACGCCGUAUUUGAAGGGGGUUAGGAAGGAGUUGGGGAAACCUGAUAAGGUUAUGGAAAAAGACCAUAUUGUGCAUCGACUGCUGAACCUGAUCCGUGCGAACACGACCAAGAUGACCCGCGCUGAGAAAAGGACCACAAUGUACCAGAUCAGCAAGUUGAAGAUCCGGCUCUACAACUGGCAUUUCAACGCUCUGUUACAGCUGACUACUCUUAUCUCCAGACUGCAUGGGAGGAGCUCUUCUAAAUUCGUACGAGGCAGCACAUUAAGCACCAUGAGUCCACCGAAGGCCUUCGCUGACACGCAAUGCAGGCGUAGGAACGCCCACAACAUCUGCAUAGAACCCUAGUUUUAGACAUUAAUAAAAUAAAGGGCCACUAAUAUUCCUAUCACUACUAUCAACAACAAGAUGCCUGCCGCUAGAAGAUAAAGAUCCAACGCCCACCACAGAGAAUAUAGAAAAUCUUCAAAAAACAAUAAAUGUUGUCUCUUACAUACAAAACUUUAAAAACGUCAUGGCCGACUACGUAAACACAGAAUAUAAUCUAACCGAGCAUGAUAUGGAAAAAAUAAAACAGACAUUAGAAGUAUUUCUAGUAAACUUCGCGAAUGAUUUGCGAGAGACAGUUGAAGAUCAACAGAAGAACGUGACAUUUGAAAAAGAGCGCGAAAAAAUUCAAGAUGGCGCCCCCGACGAUACGUUUGAGGAGAUAAGGGAUAGGAUUAUGAGCGAAUUUCCUGAGAUAAAAGAGGAAACUGCAGAUGUGAUAGUGUUUAAGUUGAGGAAGAAUUUGUUUGAGACGCGGCAGAAGAUUGAUUAUGUUAUUAAAACGUCGGAGAGGGAAUUUGAAUAUGCUAUAGCUUAGUUUUUCUGUAAUUAUUAAAGUGUUGUGAUAGUUUCCUGGUCUACAUGCUCUAGUUUUUAUCAACACAACAAAAAGUAUAAUAAAGACGGUCAAGCAAACUUUGUCACUAAAAACAGGAGACAGAAAAAUUUUGGGUUCUUCGGUCAAUUUUCUUAUACAGCGUAGGUCUUCCCCCUUGACUUCCGAUGUCGGAAUCAUCCGACGAGCCAUAACAUUUAAAAAUUGAUUGAAAAUGUAUGGGCGAAGAAUUAUUUCCCAUAGAAAAUUUCCAUUUCGCGCCAUUUUUUGUGCGAAGAUUUGGUUGACCGUCUAGUUUAAAUAAAUAAAAUAAAAAGCUUUUAUAUCAAGCAUAAUGCUCCCAUUAGUUAGAACUAGCUUAAAACUAAAUAUAAUAAAAAUUAAAUUGUCUUAACACUGUAUAGUUUACGUCCAUACAAUAUAGUGUAAUUAUAAAUAGCAUAUCGUCACUACUUUGAAAAAAACAUGUAUCUUCGUCUGUCAAUGAAAAGAAAAUUGUAGUAAGUAUGUAUGGAAUGCAUAUAGACUUACUGCGUUUUAACUUUGAGGAGCAGCGUGAGA